UUCUUCUUCCUCUUUUUUUAUCUAUUUGAGAAUGGCUUCAGAAAUAAGAUCGUUGGAGGAGCACGAAAAAGAGGUAAAAUCCGAGAAGAAGAUUCUUGAAGAUCUCCAACAGAAAUCUGGCAACCAAUUUCCUGGUUCAGAUUACCAUCCUUCAGAUAGGAAGAAUUGGAUGAAGGGUCUUAACCCACAGAGAAUUCCCAUAAACAAGAUCAUUUGGCCAGGCACCCAUGACUCAGCAACCAACGAGAUUGGAAUUCCGGACAUCACUCGCCCUUUUGCUCAAUGCCAAUCCUUAUCCAUCUACGAUCAGCUUGUAUUGGGAACCCGAGUCAUUGAUAUCCGAGUUCAAGAGGAUCGCCGGGUCUGCCAUGGAAUCCUUCUAAGUUAUAGCAUCGAUAUUGUUAUCAACGACAUCAAGAAGUUCCUCUCUGAAACUACAUCAGAGAUUAUAAUUCUCGAGAUACGCACCGAGUUCGGCCAUCAAGAUCCACCCGAAUUUGAUAAGUAUUUAGUAGAUCAAUUCGGUGAGUUCUUGAUCCACCAGGAUGACCAGGUGUUUGAGAAGACGGCGGCGGAGCUGCUGCCGAAGCGGGUUAUUUGUGUGUGGAAACCAAGCAAGUCACCUCCACCCAAGUCCGGUGAUCCACUGUGGAGCUCGGCUUACUUGAAGGAUAAUUGGAUUGAUUCUGACUUGCCAUGGACUAAGUUCCAAAGCAAUAUGAAGUAUUUGGGUGAGCAACCACCGGCAUCAACAAGAAAAUUCUUUUACAGAGUGGAGAACACAGUGACACCACAGGCCAAUAACCCUGAUGUAUUUGUGAAGUCAGUGACUUUUAGGAUUCAUCCUUAUGCAAGGCUUUUCAUUUCUCAGUGCUCCAAAGAUUGUAGAGAUCGGCUGCAAAUCUUCUCAACAGAUUUUAUUGAUGAAGAUUUUGUUGAUGCAUGUGUUGGGUUUACUUUCGCAAAAUUAGAAGGGAAAGCCUGAGUAUUUUAGGAUUUGUAG